ACCAAACGUAUAAAUUUAUUUAGAGCAGAUACGUUCGACUCAAAAUCAGUCAUCACAAAGUCAUCAUUGAGUUUAGUUCAUAAUUAUCAGCUUUUUGGAUAAUGUAAUCUAAAAAUUUGGCGAAUACAUGGACGGAUUUGGAUAAUAUAUGCAAAUAUUUGGGAACUUUACAAAAAUAUAAACUCCAUCAAACUCCAACCAAUUGGCUCCUCGUAACUCGAAUUGUGAACCAGACAAUUUAUAAAACCAGAAUUUACAUACAUAUUUACAUAAUCUUUUGAUCUGACCACCUCGGUUAUUGUGCGAAUUCAAGUAUUUGUAACCAAUAGUAUAAGACAUAUUUCUUAUAAUGUUGAGCGUUUCCUGUUCUUCCGUGAAGUUUAAGUUGAAUAGGGUUCCAAAUGCAGGACAACCCGCAUCGUCAACAAGUUCCCUCCAGACGAAGUUUCUAUUUCGAGGAUGCCCGUCUACCUCCGUAGAUCAUCCAGGUGGAAAUCAACCCGUUCCAGGGGCAGAUGAUACAAGGGGUGCCAACAGGUUCCUUCAAGGGCUGACGCUGGAUGUGUUUCAUUCCGCGGGAAAUAUGGACGUAGAGCUACGGCUUGGAGCUGUAUCUUCGAAUUAUUCAUUCAGUUGCGGCUGCCCCCGCAGUGCUAAUAAUACAAAACCAUUCGAUCGCGUCCGUCUUCAAGAUAUCCGAGAUGCUUAAAUCCAAACAUAUUUUGAAAACGAGGCCGAAAUUUCAUCAAUAUUUUGUGUUCGGGGGGAUCCGUCAAUCUGUCCUGUUCCAAGCCCUUUCUGCCCUUGCAAUAAUGCUGCAAAUACAUUUUGUCUGAGAGGCUCGCUCUGUCCCCUCAACGUUUUCGAGAAAUAUAUCCAACAAACCGAGAAUGGCGACCAGUUUGUAGUUUGCUGCUUUGCGAAAGCCAAUUUUUGCACGGAGCCACACCUCGUGACUGAGCAGGAUUUUGAAGAACCACUCGCCCAAAUGAACGCCAUGAUGGGGAAGAAACGGUAUGAUGACGAUACGGAUGUCACGCUCGUCUGUCCCAGUACUGGGACAGAAUUCCCAUGCCAUAAAUUCAUUCUGUCGGGACAAAGUGAAGUGUUCAAAGCUAUGUUUGCGUCCAGUUGGAGUGAGGCCAAGACUAACAAGGUAGAACUGACUGGUGUUCAGAACAUGACGGUGGAUGCCUUGUUGAACUACAUGUACAAGGGGGCCCUGGAAAUACCGUUUUCCAGAAGUGAUGUGGCCCUUGACCUACUAAAGGUGGCACAUCAAUACGAAAUUCAGCCAUUGGUCGAUAAACUUUUGCUAAUUUUGGAAAAUGAGGACCUGGACAAGAUUCCUGUUUCUACGGCGAUCAAUAUGUUUUCGUUUGCUUUAAAACUACAAGAUCAGGAUAAAUUUUUGGGACUGAUGAAGAAAUCGGUCGUGAUAGUUAAAAGAAACGUUAAAAGUUUGGGUGAUCAUCCCGACUUUGGAGAUCUCUUUUUGGAAAAUGCAUCCCUCGCGAAACAACUGUGUAUCGAAAUUGGCAAAAUUUGAGGUGGCUAGACAUGUGCAUCAUAUUUACAUAUAUUCAAAUUUCCAUAGAAUGGUGGAGUUCUUUUAAAAAUUACUAUGAUCUUUCUUAAUUGCACAGAUUUUUAACGACAUAUUUUCAUAACAAAAACCUCCACAAUUUAUCACAUGUCCAUAAAUUUAUGUAUGUACUCCAAUAAUUCUAUAAUUCGAUAAUUUUAUAAUUCUAUAAUGCACGUUUAUGCACUUAAAUACAUUUUUUGUUUAAAUAAAUACAUUGGUUCUUUCCUAAACCUUUUUCCUCAAUUUACAGUGUAUCAAACAAUUGAGUACACGGUAAAACGGCUUUUCAUUUAACUGUUAACAAUUUUCUCCACAGCGAUUAGUAAUAUACAGAAAGUUUAUUAUCUAACGGCAAAUUUAAUGCUGAAUCCAAUUCUGACAAGCAUUUUUCGAUACAUCAGUCCGUUUGUCCAGUAGUAAAUUGACAACCCAAAAAUUUAUAAAUAUGAAGUCAAAAAAAUGAGUACACGGUAGGAUAUUUAUGUGUUUUAUAAUUAACAACUUUAACCUAACAGGGUGUUUAGCCACAUUUAGCUUCAAUAACAGCUUAUAUUCGUCUGGGCAUGGAUUCCGACAAUUUUUUUGUAAAAUCUGGGUGAACUCCUCCCAUGCUCCUGAAAUAAUAGUCUUCAAGUGAUGCUUGGUAGACUUAGUCCUUUUGGCAAUUUUGUGUUCGAGUUCGCACCACAAAUGUUAAUUGGGAAUUAAGUCGGUGAUUGGACUGCCCAGGGAAGCAUUUUAAUCUUCUUGUCUCGAAACCACUUGGUCCCCGUCUUCGCAUAUGUUUAGGGUCCGAGUUUUGUUGAGAAUAGUAAUCGCCCCCGAUUUUCAGGUUUCGAAGGGAUGAGAUCAAAUUUUCUUUCAAAAUGUCCAAAAUGACCACCUGAGUCAUAAUUCCGUCGAUAAAGUGCAAUUUGCCAACAAUGUUCCACGCCAAGGACCCUAAGCCAUAACGGAACCACCUUCAAGUUUUGCUGUCUUAUGGAUGCAUUCCGGAUUUAGUGCUUCAUUCAACUUUCUCCAUGCAUGAACAACUGAAGCUGCUCCAAACAUCUUGAACCAGCUUUCCUAGGUCCACAUGGCAUGUUUCCAAUCGUUAAUUGUCGAGGCGCUGUGAUUUCUAGCCCAUUUCAGGCAUCGGCGUUGAUUACGCUUUGAAAUGAAUGGUAUCUUCAUUUUCACUAGGGUAUUUAAAAUUUUUGCUCGCAGGCUGUUACUCACGGUUGUGGAUUAAUUGAAAGGGCUAACUCUUAGUUAACUUCUGCACAGUUUUUGGCGCAGAUAUCCUUCUGCUUGACAUCACCUAUUUAAUGAUUCUUCGCUCCAGACGAGCGGUGGUUCUUCAUUUUAGACUUUUUCCUGUGCGAUUGUCCAUGGAGCCCAUGACCUCCCAUUUGGUGAUAAUUUUAGCAAUUUUCGACUUCGUAUGGUUUGUUUUUUUCACAAAUUUGGUCACAGCAAAAUCUUUCGUGAUGAAGAGAAAUAUUUUUUUUCCUUCCUCAUGACAAAACUGAUGUGUCGCCAUUUUUGCUAAGAUCUGUGUUCUACAUUAUUGAAAUACUUCAUGAAAGUUCUCUAAUUAGCUACGAUAUACUGUAAUUAAUUAUAAUUUUAACUUACUGAAGACUGGAGGUAAGAAACUGAAAAUAUUUAAACUAACCUUGCAACGUACACUCAAUUUUUUGAUGUGGCGUUUGGUUUUUCCCGGAUAAAUCUCACAAUUCACGCAGAAAUGAUUGGUUUGCAUGAAAUUAGCAACGAAAUUUAGAUUCCUCAUUAAAUUCUGUAUUAUAUAUGCAUAUUUCAUUGUCAAACUUUCAAAAAUAAAUAAUUUAUGCAAUGCUGAGUGAAGAGCCGUUGUACCGUGUACUCAAUUGUUUGAUACACUGUAUUUCAUAAAUCGGAUACAAGUUAUAAUUUUGAACACACAAUUGCCCCCAACAUUUUUACAACUCCACAAAUUAGCAAUAUCCCGAUAAAUGCAAUCGCCUUAUUUACAACGUGAUCCCCGCCAUUGCACCCAUUUCCAGUGCAGUAACAUUUCUCCACGGUUCGAACAAAUCCCACUUUUGGUAGGAUAAAAUCAUAUUGUCGUCCACUGAAGCACUUCUUCCCUUAAAACUCCCCAGGUCAGAGGGGGCGUUUUCACAUCCCCGUAAGAUGACGAGACUCCCGCCAAAUUCGGAUCUCCCGCGGUAGGUUACGCACGUCACGUUCCCCGUAUUUCGGGCCGUCGUGGCGUUCAUGGUGUGUCGGACACUGGCUAAAAAGGAAAAUGUUUAUCUAGUUAUUUAAGUAGGUAGAAUUUCAUGGAUUAAAUUUAUACGAAAUUUCGUGCCGAGUUUACGAAAAGUCUAGUAUGAAGUCAAGUCACGUUAGUUUUUGUAACCCAGUUACUUUUCCAAAAUUUUGAAAGCCAAUUUAAUGAAGUCUCAAGAACACGUAAGCACGCCUGAUUUACUAAGGCAUGCAUAUAGUGAAGAUUUACAUGUGAUUUUCGUUCGUAAUCUUUGCAGAAUUUGGAAACCGGAAUCAAAUGUAUAACGCAAUUUUCUAGGUUACAAAUGUCGACGUGAGUUAUUUCAUACAUGUGUUUAAUCAAUUUUAACACGAAUCAUGCAACACAUAAUAUCCCAUCACAGAGCGUACUAAGAUGUUGCUAAUGUAUGUAUGUACAUAUGUAUUUAUUUAUUUGUUUAAUAAGUUUAUUAAUAUUCAUCACUUAAACCCAAUUAAAUACGUACACACUUAAAAAUAAUGUAACCCUUUAAAAAAAGUAAAUGCAGUCUCAAUUUCAUAUUAAAAGUGUAAA